CCCCCGCACACUCUCUCUCCCUCUCUCUCUCUCUCUCUCUCACCCCCCCCCUGUAUGAAACAGAACUGUCUCCCCACGCUGCCUCAUUGCAAAAAAAAGUCCACGCAGUGAGGAGAAGUGUGCUUCUGUCCCUCCGUCCGUCCGUCUGUGAUCGCAAGAGAGCUGCACGCUUUUUUUUUUCCAUCAAUGCAGUAACGCGAGGAUUAAAAAGACAACGCAGAUAAGGGUCCACACAGGUGAGGCCACCACGAAGGACGUCGGUCCAUCUGUCUGUCGACGCGUCAAGCACCCCGAUGCCGGAUGCAAACAAGUCGCUGGGAGGAUCAGCGCAGUAAAAAAAACGUGGGGGAGGACAAGAAGCUGCUUUUUCAAAGGAGUACUCCGCUUGCUAUUUCGGCUGCGCUGUGGCCAGGGAGUGUCUCCUUUGGGAGUGCUCGCUGACAAAAAAAGGUCCGCACGCCUAUCCAAAUGACUGUGUAAAUACUGGAUAUCAAUUAGCCUAAGCGCUAAGAUUACCCCCCUCUGAAAAAGAGACACCAAAUGCAAACACUGCGGUUUCCUCAACUGCUAGGUUCCAGUUCCCAAGAAUGAAACUCAUGUGUUGAAGGCCCGACAAUACCAAAAAAAGGGGCAAGAGUUUGGAUGACUUCCAUAUCCUGUUGAAUCAUCAUGAAGCCGUUGACGCCCAUCGGAUCCCCGUCCCCUCUGCGGCUCCUCAACAAGGGCCCAGAGUACCUGCGGCGGCAGAUAGACGGCGCGAGCCACGGUCGAGCGAUUAGCGCCGUGGAGAGGCUUGAGGCGGACAAGGCCAAGUAUGUCAAGAGCCAGCAGGUCAUCAACACCAAACAGGAACCUGUGUUGGUGCAGUGCGCCACACCUCCAUGCCCCCGGAGGGCUUUCACCACCCCAGCCAGCUUUAGUCCUGAAUUACCCCCACGACGUUUAUCCAGCACUCCUUUCUCCACUCUCUCUGGAUCCUUUACCUCCCAGGAUGAAAAUGAUGACUCCAGAAAGGAAAAUCAACGGACUUCCAUUGACAUUGAGGUUCACAAUAAUGUGCGAAAUGGGAAGCCACCCAGCCCCAAAACACCAGGAUUUAACACCCUGGUGGCACCGCAUAGUGCACCUAUUUUACGCAGGAGCACCGGCAAACGCAUGCUCAGACCUGAUUCGCUUAUCAUCUACCGACAGAAAAAAGAGUGCAAAAGUCCCAACGGAGAGAACGGUAAUUUGGAGCUGAAGGGAUACAGCUUCGUCCGCCGCCUCUUUCAGGGGUCUACCAGGGAGAAGGGUGGUGGAGGAGUCCACAAGAUGGUAAUAGGUGAGGAGAAAACACCCUCACGGGACGGAGACUCCCGCAUGUCAUGGUCUAACGACAAGGAUACAACAGACGGUGGGCCGGGAAGCAGGAGGUCCAGCAAAACAGACCAGAUACCUAGCCCAGGAUCUGCCUCCAGCCCAGGGUUGAGCCCUACACUAGAACAGACCAAUAAUGGAUCCAAAGGUACCACUGAUGACAGCAUGGAUGACAACGAUCCGUGGAGACGGGCAUCACCAUCGCAUUCAUUGCGCAGGAGUAAGUUUGCAGGGUUGCAUCGUUCUAAAUCAGACCUGCAUCUCUGCUGCUCUGCGGCCUGGUCCGAGCAGGACCAGUUCUUUGACUUUUGUGGCCUGGACGCGGACUUGAUUGACCGUCUCGGAAGGGAGAACUUCCUGUCUGGCGCCAGUUCCAUAGACACCCUUUCACUGGCUCUACGCAGCGUCGCAGGAGAUGGCGGGACGGAGCCCAGUGAGUUCUCCCGCCACUCUGGAGACGGGUUGUUUCAGGAGGAGCUGACUGAGCAUCCCCCAAGCGGCGUCUCUAUCAUUGAAAGGAAUGCUCGAGUCAUCAAGUGGCUCUACGGGUGCAAAAAUGCCACUCGCGAGGGACCCAGAGAGUCCACAGUUUGAUCCGGAGGACUGUGUUUUCCGUUAUAGAGUACGACUGUAAAUCUCUUUGGCACACAACUUGCAUCACUACCUUGGUUAUCACUUCUUGAUAAGUUGUUAUGCCAAAUUACUUUCGUUUAUUGACAGAAUCCUCGGGUCAACACUGCCCAAGAGGGACCGAACGAGUCUCUGACUUGGUCCAGAGGACUGUUCUCCAAUGUAAAACCAUGUACAGUAGCGCUCAUCAGUUGGCACAUCUAUUCAGAACUUUGCUGUUUGCUUCUUGAAAAACUGUUUUACCAAAUGACUCCUGACAAACUAUUUAUGGAUUUCAUGGAAACCUCAUCUGCCGAUGGACUGAUUCCAGAUAACACAAUCGUGAUAUAGAACUUGAUUUUGAAUUGGUUUUUAGGGCACAUACACGUAGUUAUAAUUGUCUAAUAGUCAUGACACCACAAACCAAAAUUAGUGAGCUGAAUUACUAGAAAAGUGCUGCGUGACGUGAACAGUGAGUACCUCAUUUGGAAAUGUCUGUUUUAAUUGUUUGUGCGUCACAUUAUUAUUAUUAUUAUUAUUAUUAUUAAGGUUUUAUUUUUUUAAACGCAGGCGUUGGAACUAACAUUCAAGACACCCCUGUGGGGUUGAUAAUGUACUGAACUGGACAGAAAGAGUGGAUUGAGAUAUAGCUUUGUCUCCUUUUUAGCGGGUUUAUUUUACUAUAUUUUUAUAUACACUGCCCUGAUAAUUGCUUGUGACACCACUGAUUACCACUAAGGAUUACUGGGAACCUGUAAAAAAAAAUGCUAUGUAUACCAGACAAUUUCUUCCAAUAUUUUAUAGUAACCAAUCAAAAUCCCCUUUAACAUUGCCAAAAGGGUAAGAGUCAGAGGGGGCAUACACCCGCCGAAACCUUUCAGACAGAAGUUGCUUCCCAAGUGCACAUUCAGAAAACUAGAUGCAUGGAGACACCAGUGCCGGCGUCUGGGACGACAGCGGUUGCUUUCAACACAAGUGACGUGACCGGUCCAAAUUCCCGUAUCGACUUUAAAUGAUUCAUUCCGCAACGGUACUGCACACGUGGUGUUGAUGGCCACGGUCGGGUGUGAAAGGGGCUUCAAAGUAAAGCCAUUCAAGAUGUCAGCUGUUCAGUGAUGACCUGCACGCGGCGGUAAAGCCUCUAAGAUAAAAGAUAAACCACAGUUUCUACCUCACUUGAUCCAUCACUGACUAUCUUCACAAAUAGUUCACCUCUGUGGCUUGGCCCACUGGGACGCCGACGCGGGGGUUUUCCAAGGUAUGCUGGGAGUUAGAACAAGAGUCUCACCUAUGAUUAAUAUGAUAACUUGUGAUUUGGAGCGUUGAUAGCUUUACCCUGUAUUUCGAAUCUCCCAGACACACUCCUUGGAUCUAUUUUUGGCUGCAUGUUUACAAAAUGUCCAUUUUUUUUU